AUGCUGUUCCUUUUGGUAUUGUGUGCAGUUGUGCUAACAGGGAGUAGUAAAGUUCAAGAUGAUGAAUGGAUUGACCCCACGGAUAUGCUCAAUUACGAUGCAGCAUCAGGAACAAUGAGGAGACCUUACAAGGCAAACUAUCAUGACUCCGAGGAGAAGACUGUGGAUGCAGUCAGCACUGAGAUCUUAUCAAGUUGUUCCAGGGAAGUCGAUGCCUUGCAGCAGAAGGUUGCAGACUGUGAGAAGAGGAACGCCAAAUCACGUGGAAGCCGGAGCUUUUAUAUUUUUAAGCGAUACUUGAAUAAGAUAUUAAAUGAAGCUGGAAAACUUGGCCUUCCUGAGGGAAAUGUAGACCAUGUCCAUUAUGAUGCUGAGAUCAUCCUUACAAAACAGACGUAUUUGGAGAUUCUCAAUUUUCUCAGUGAGGAAAGUUGGCAGUCAGGUGCUGUGGAUGAUGCACUCAGUGGUAUUUUGAUCAAUUUUAAGCACCAUGAUUAUGAAGCUUGGCACUGGAGAUUUGAAGACACUUUUGGAAUUGAUGUGUAUAAUAUGUUUCUGAUACUCUUGUGUUUAGUGUGCAUUGUAAUUGUUAUCGCUACAGAGCUCUGGACACGCAUUCAUUGGUUUGUUCAGCUAAAACGUGUUUUGUUAAUAAGUUUUCUCAUCAGUUUUGCAUGGAAUUGGCUUUACCUGUAUAAGCUGGCCUUCGCCCAGCACCAGGCGGAGAUCGCCAAGAUGGGGCACUUCGACAACGUCUGCGCCGAGAAGCUGAACUGGAGAGACAGUCUCGUUGAAUGGCUCACGAGUAAAUGGACGUUUCAGGAUGACCCCUGUCAGAAGUACUAUGAAACUCUACUAGUAAAUCCUGUUUUGUUGGUUCCACCAACAAAGGCAUUGGCAAUUACUUUCACCAACUUUGUAACUGAGCCUUUGAAGCACGUAGGACAAGGUAUUGGUGAAUUCAUCAAAGCGCUCAUGAAGGAGAUGCCAUUUAUUCUGCAAGUGCCAGUGCUAAUUAUGAUGGCUCUGGCUGUCCUGGCUUUCUGCUAUGGUGCAGGAUCAUCGGUGUCUGUGUUAAGAUACUUGACAUAUUCUCAGAAGAAAAGUCUUCCUCCACCUGACAGUCAACAAGAGAAAACAGACUUUGGGCAAUAUGGGACUAUAUCAGAUGGCUGUCAUUUGCAGAAGUCUCCAUACACUCACAGAGGACCUUAUGACAGAGGAGAUGCUCUUGUGAGACCAGGAAAUGGCAGCAGAAGUCCUGACAUAAUGCACACAAGUGCUAAACCAGACACACAAGUAGAAGAGUCUCACAAAUCAGAACCUGGCACUAGAUUGCACACAGAGUCUGAAGCUUGUGGACUAGAAACUAUCACAGCUGAAUCCCUUACUCAAGAACAUGCAUAUGAGCAGCAGGAACAGGAGACUGGCAAAGCAGAGCGAGAGACUGGAGAAAAUUGUGAUCCUAAUAAACACCUAGAAAGGAAAAGUUCUGCAAUGGCACCAUGUGAAGAGAAGAAAAACAGCAGUCAUGGGACUGAAACUAAGGAAGCCCUAAGUCCUGCUAGGAGUGAGCAGCUGAUGUUGUAUCAGAUGUGUUUUUAG